AUGCGCGCCGCGACCUCGCGGUCGUCGCUCGCGCGCGCGACGACCUCGACGGCGCGACGACCGCGCGUCGUCUCGGUCUCGUCCCCGUCCCCGACGCCGAAUCUCGAAUCGUCGCUGCUGUUGUCCUCGCGCGCGCGCCUCUCGAGCGGCGUCCCCUCGCUCCAUCGCGACCGCCGCGCGCGCGCGACGACGCGCGACCGCCAUCGCGGCGAUAUCGCGCGCGCGGUCGUCGAGGAGCACGCCGGCGCGGACGCGGUGCGAGGCGAGUCUCGCGCGUCGUCGCGUCCGUCUCGCGUUCAACGGCUCGCGCGUGAUUCCCCCCGACACCAUCGACGCCGCCGCGACGCGAGCACGCUCGCGGACGUCGCGUCGUCGUCGUCGUCGUCGACGACGACGAACUCGGCGGCGGUCGCCGACGAGUUCCCGUCGACGCCGCCGGCGAUAACGCGCGAGUCCCUCGCGCCGUGCGUCGAGCUGUUGACGGUCGAGACGCUGAGCUCCGACGCGACCGAGCGCGCGCGGCGAUCGCGUCUCGCGGUUCCGGUCCUCGUCGGCUGGUUCGGCUGCGAGCCGUCGCACCUGCGGAAGUACGCGCACAUGUAUUUAUCCUCCGAGCUGAGGUACGAUGCCGUGGUGUGCAUCGCACCGCCGGCGGCGAGCACGCUGUUCCCCGCGCUCGGGGACGCGUUCGCGGCCACCGCGCUCGGCGCCGUCGCCGCCGCGCGAAGACGUCUCUCGAUCCGAUCGACGCUCGACCUCGACCUCGACGCGGACGACGACGACGACGAGACGCCGCGGGAGCGCCCGAUUCUGCUGCACUUGUUCAGCAACGGAGGAUAUCUGUUCGCGGGGAACAUCAUGCACGCGCACUCGGGCGUCGGCGCGUUUGAAGAGACGGAGAGCGUCGUCGGUCUGUUGAACGCUUCGCUGCGAAGGACGCUCGGGCUCUCGCCCGAGCCGAAAGCGGCCAAGGCGUUCACGGACGCCGUGCACGCGCUCGUGAUGGACUCCGCGCCCGGCGAGCUCGAACCCGGAAUGGUCGCCGCGUCGUUCGACGCGAUGCUUCAAAAGAAGGCUGUGGCGGCGACGGCGACGACCGAUAAAAUGCGCGAUGAGACGCCGACGACGUCGCCGACGUUGGAGCAAACGGCGAGCGCGUUUCUCGCGUGGGCGCCUGUGACGAGACGCAUGCGGGCGAUAGACGCCGCGUGGGGGGGCUUCCCCGCGGUGACCGGAAACCGGUGGAGCGGCGAUAGGAAGACGCGCGCGGGCGACGCCGCGGAGGUGGCGUUCGCGGUCGCCGCGAACCGCCGCGCGUCGAGAAGAUUCGCGAACGAAGACGGGUCGCUCACGGCGGGGAAGCUCGCGAGGGAGCGACGCGAAAACGUCCCGGGGGGGAAAGGAAUCUUGUGGUGCCCCGCGCUGUUCUUGUACAGCGACGCGGACCCGAUCAUAUCGUCCAGGGCGGUCGAGGCGUUCGCGUCCAAUCGCGCGAUGCGGUUAGGGCGCGUCGCGAGCGCGAUCACGGACGGCGCCGGCGCCGGCGGCGGACUCGUGGAGAUGAAGAAGUGGAAAAGCGCGCCGCACUGCGAGAUCGGCCGCGCGGACCCGGAGGGGUAUAAGAGAGCGCUCGGAGGGUUCUUGCGAAGGAACGGGUGCGACGGAGACGGCCGCGGGGAGGAGGAGAACGUCGGGGCGCGCGCGGUGAGGCCGACGGCGGGGGUGGCGAACAACAUCAAGCCGUGGGAGCGCGGCGAGUGA